CCACCUUGUUCACUCUCCCACUUCCCAGUUCUCAUCGACGGUCAUUCCCUUCGCUUCAUGUACGGCUCGCCGGGCGGUUUCCGGCCACGUGGCGGUGGCAGAGCUGGCGGAGGUAGAGGUCCACCCUGGAUACCUUCGCCCGAUGCCUCCCCCCAUAGUCCUGAGCAGGCUGGCUCCUCCUCCUCCUCUGCCGCCGGCGGCUCCCGCCCAAACGCUCAUCUUCGAAAUCCUAGCUUCUCUCCAUCGCGCAUUCUCCAGCGCGAAGGGCCGAGAUCUCGCGCACCUCCGAUUAGCGUAGAGAGUGUGGAGGCGGCGGUAGCCAAGGCCCAGAGGGAUUUCCUCGCUGCCGGGCAGAGUGUCUCGGCGUGGAAGGUGUCGCAGGCGGCGGCGCUAGCCCUCCAGCUCAACUCCUGGGGCUCGCUAGGGUUCGGCUACCAUGACGUGCCCACUCUGCGUCAGAUUCAGCUUGUGGAAGGAAAGGUUAAUGCAUUUAUACACUGCUUUGUGAGCGUGAGAAGGAUGACAACAGUGCAUGAUUUGGAUGUGGAGAUAUGCAGGAGUGAGGGUGUUGAGCAGUUUGAAGAGCUUGGUCUGGGAGCUUUGCUGCGUCAACAACUGGUGCAACAUUAUUUUUCAGUCCCUUCAGAUGUGACAGAAGUGUGCAAGAUCAGAGUAGAGGAUUUGAUUUCUCGCCUUUCUGUUUUCCUAUAUAGAGCUAAGAAUAAGGAGAUCACAGUUGAGGAGUUUCUGGAUUUUCUUGUCCAGAAGUAUUCAGUUGCAACCAGGGAAAAUCUUGGUGUGCGGAUUCAGAGCUUAGGAUUAUAUAUCAAAUUUAUAAAGGGAGCCAGAAGGACAGAAAAUUUUGCUCUUAAGUCUCUCAGGGAAAAUGGAUUGCAGAAAGAAGAGAUGGAAAGUUCAUUAGAUGCCAUCUUACAUUAUAUGAAGCCAUUAUCCUCACCAAGUGUGGACUGCAGUGAUUCAUAUAAAAAAAAGGGUAGAAAAAAAUCUUCUGGAAAUGAAGAGAAACUUGAAAAUCAAAGUGAGCAAAGAUAUGAAAUAAUUCAAAUAGAUUCCUCAAAGGUCCAGAAACUUGAAGUCACAAAUGAAGACAUCAGAAGGUUUGUUGCAACUUGGAAGGAAGCUUGUCAGAAGCACACUGCUGCGGAGGUUCUUGCUUUGAUGCUGCACAUCUAUGGGCCAUCAGAAAAGCAGAAAAGGAAGAUGCUGAGGUUGUUUUUGUCUUAUCCUGGUGUUGGCUUAUUAAAUGUUGCUGUGCAAUCUAUCAAAUUUGGAUUGUUGGAUAUCGUUGGUGAAGACAAUGUUCAAUCUAUUCAACAUGGAUUAUUGGAUCGUGUUUCUGAAGACAAUGUUGUCAAUGAUACCCCCACUCUGCUUCUUGCUGAUAUGUUGGACAAUGACCCUUUGACUGAAAGUGAGGCAACAUUAGUUGAUGAAUCAAGCACAGACAAAAUUGAAAACAUGCAAUUGGCAGGAGUCACCGUUGAUGAUAUCGUUAAACAGAUAUCUGCCUAUUUUGGGCUUGGUCAUCUUGUGCCUAGACAGGAAGUCCUGCCGCUGGAAAAACGAUAUGUAUUUCGUGACUGCGAGAUAUGGUUAAAAACACAAUUUUCCAUUAAAGAAUUCAAAGAUCUUGGUUUUGGGAAUUUCUUGGAGUUUCUAAAUAAGCAUGCUUCUCUGCUUCCUAAUGAAAUGCAUUGUUUUUUAACUGAAAAAUGCUGUGGCAAUCCUUCUUUAGAGGUUUCCAUGCUUCAACAACAGUUGGUAGUUUUACUAUCUCAAGCUGCAAGAAACUUGGGAAGCAAUGGUGUUCUAAACAAGCAGCUUAUUUCUGUGCUUCUCAGGAAGCAGUUUCCAUCCAUCAGCUUUCAGAUAUUGGGAAGUGAACUUGAAAAUAUUUCUCCAGAUCUUUUAAAAAACCAAAACAAUUCUGGCAUUUCCUGCUCUGUUUAUUUUUCUGGAAUGUUGUUGGGGAACUGCUGCAAUGGAAACUCAUUGCUGAACAUUGAGAAUAUUUCCACAAAUUCAUUUGAGAUGAUUACCAACAUGAGUCAUUCAACAGGUUCCUUUUCUGCGAAAGAUGCAAUCAAAUGCUUACUCAAAGCACCACUGCUUUCAGAUCUACAGUCAUGGUCACAUUGGGAUCUUAUAUUUGCACCUUCGCUUGGACCUCUUCUGGACUGGUUAUUGAAUGAAGGUUAUUUUGGACAAUUAUCAUGUAUAGUAACAUGUGAUGGUCGAAUACUUCGGAUUGAUAAUUCGGCAACUUUUGAUGAAGUUUUGGAGGCUUUUAUUCAAGGGUCAUCAUUCAAAGUGGCGGUGAAGUUGUUGACGUUGUUUGCAGCAUAUGGAGGUGCAAAAAAUGUUCCAGUAAGCCUUCUAAAAUGCUAUGCCAAGCGUGCGAUAGAGGUCAUAAUUAAAAACACUAUGGACCGUACUGAAACAGAAACUAAUGAAGAGAUUCCCAUGCACAAAAACUCUUUGCAAGAGCAGGGCAUGGUUGAUUCAGCUGAUAGGGGCACACUUUUGGUUGAUUCUCUCUGUUCCACCUCUGACAAUAAAAAGGGCAAUAAAUUACGCAAAAGUUUCUGUAGAACAAAUGAAGCAUAUGCUGCUGCAUCAAAGAUCAUCCUGAACUGCCUUGGUCAUCUCCCUUCAGAAUUCUGCAGUUUUGCUGCAGAGAUACUGGUGUCAGGAUUGCAAAUUGUCACUCACGAUGCUGCUGCAAUCAUUUUAAGUCAAUGCAAGCGAACUGAUGAACGUGUUAUGCUUCAUGACAUUGGUUUGUCCCUCGGAAUAGUGGAAUGGAUUGAAGAUUACCAUGAAUUUAGUUCAGCUGUAGCCGCUGACUUGUUUACUUCUCCAGGGACUGCAAACAGUGCUUCUGAAACUUUGUGUAUAGAACCGAGCAGAGAGCAAAAACUCUCACGACAAGUAUCAGAUUCAGUUUCUAGCAGUGAUAAACCACCGGUCGACUUUAAGGCACAUACUGAAAUGUUGGAUGGGCAUGAACAAGCAUUGGAAGAAGACAAUACAAUGAUAGUUGGUACUGGAGAGUCCAGUAAAACAGUUUAUAACAAUCUCCAUUCAGUUGGGUCCACUAAUAAAGAAGUCCAGGAUGCAAAUUUUCUUGUUGAAACAAUACGACGUGAGGAAUUUGGUUUAGAUCCAGAUCUCCAACUUGCUGAGAAUAGCUUGCUAAAGAAGCAGCAUGCUCGUCUAGGUAGAGCACUCCAUUGUCUUUCGCAAGAGUUGUACUCACAAGACUCACAUUUUCUACUCGAGCUGGUUCAGAAUGCUGAUGAUAACAGUUACCCAGAUAAUGUACAACCUACACUGGUUUUCAUUCUUAAGUCUACUGAAAUCAUUGUUCUGAACAAUGAAAAAGGGUUUUCUGAACAGAAUAUUAGGGCACUGUGUGAUGUUGGAAAUUCAACAAAGAAGGGAUCAAGUGCUGGAUACAUAGGGCAGAAAGGCAUUGGCUUCAAAUCAGUAUUUCGGGUCACAGAUGCACCAGAAAUACAUUCCAAUGGUUUUCAUGUGAAAUUUGAUAUAAGUGAGGGUGAAAUUGGUUUUGUUUGCCCAACUAUAAUCCCUCCUUAUGAUAUCAACCACAUAGAGAGGCAACUACUAUGUGAUGAUCAAACUGAUACUACCUCCUGGAAUACUUGUAUUGUGCUUCCCUUCAAUUCAAAGCUAAAACAAGGGAUGGGUAUCAAUUCUGUAAUUUCCAUGUUUUCAGAACUUCAUCCUUCACUGUUACUGUUUCUUCAUCGCAUUCAAUGUAUAAAAUUUAAAAACAUGCUUGAUGAUAAGCUUGUUGUCCUGAGAAGAGAGACUCUGGGAGAUGGUAUGGUUAUGGUUUCCCAUGGCAAAGAGAAAAUGAGUUGGCUGGUGGUCAGCUGCAACUUGCAAGCACAUAUCAUUCGUCAUAAUGUAAAAACUACUAAGAUUGCGAUAGCCUUUACACUUCAGAAGUCAGAUAAUGGAGACUACAAACUACAUCUGGAUCAACAACCUGUUUUUGCAUUUCUUCCUCUGAGAAAAUACGGGUUGAAAUUUAUUCUACAAGGUGACUUUGUUUUGCCUUCUUCUAGAGAAGAAGUUGAUGGAGAUAGUGCUUGGAACCAGUGGUUGCUGUCAGAGUUCCCUGACUUGUUCAUUAAAGCAGAAAAAUCCUUCUAUGAGCUUCCUUGUUUUCAAGAGAGUCCAGGAAAAGCUGUUACAGUCUAUAUGAGUUUCGUUCCUCUUGUUGGUGAAGUUCAUGGCUUUUUUUCUCGUCUUCCACGCAUGAUAAUAUCUAAAUUACGCAUGUCAAAUUGUUUGCUUUUGGAUGGCCCCACUUUGGAAUGGGUUCACCCACACAUGGUGCUUAGAGGUUGGGAUGACCAGGUGCACACUUUGUUACCAGAGGGUUUGCUUCAGCAGCAUCUUGGGCUUGGUUAUUUGAAUAAGGAUAUUAUAUUGUCUGAUUCAUUAGCAAGGGCACUGGGUAUUCAAGAAUAUGGCCCUGAACUUUUAAUUCAAAUCCUAUCAUCUAUAUGCCAUGAACAGGAUGGCAUUAGGUCAAUGGGCCUUGAUUGGCUUGCUUUGUGGCUCAAUGCUCUUUACACUACCUUAUCCAUCGAUUCUUCUGGACAUCAAAGCUUUGCAAGUGUUGGGAGAGAAUCACAUCUUUUAAAUAGACUUAGAGAAAUUCCAUUUAUUCCACUUUCAGAUGGUUCAUUUGGUUCAAUGUCUGAAGGGCCAAUUUGGUUGCCCUCGGAUGAUCUCACUUCAAGGUUUGGAGGUGAAAAUAUUCUUCAGCAUUUUCCUGGGCUCUCUGCCAACCUUCGGGUUGUAACUCCCUUCAUCUUCUCCACAGUUGCUGCAAAAGCCUGCAACACAGAGGGAACAGGAGUGGAUAACCUUAUAAGUAUUCUACAUAAAAUUGGUCUCCAGCUGCUGUCCGCACAUGAUAUUAUCAAACAGCAUAUUAUGCCAUCUAUUUCUGAUGGGAUAGUCGGAAGAGAAGACAUGAAUAUAAUGAUUGAGUACCUAUCAUUUGUAAUGGUCCACUUUCAGUCAGUUUGCUCUGCUUGCCAUAUUGAAAAGGCAGACAUAAUAUCCUUCUUACAGACAAAACCUAUCAUACUGACCAACCAUGGCUAUAAAUGCCCCAAUGAGGAACCAAUCCACUUCAGCAAAGAGUUUGGCAAUUCUAUUGAUAUAAAGAAAUUGAUUGAUGAUACAGACAUUAAAUGGAAUGAAAUAGAUGCCAUCUAUUUGAAGCUCCCAGGUUUUCAGUUGUUAUCAUAUGGGAUGAUGAAGUGGAGGGAGUUCUUCCAAGAAUUAGGUGUUAAUGAUUUUGUGCAAGUAGUGCCUGUUCGGAAGAAAGCAGAAGAUGUUUUUUCUGCCAAUUUAAGGAGCAUGUUGCCAUGUGGGAACCAUGCUGCAAUUGAAUUAUUUGUCAAGGAUUGGGAAUCAGUGGAGUUGGUCCAGUUAUUAUCGGCACUUUCAUCCAAAAAGCAUCUGGAAAAGUGUAAAUAUCUUCUGGAAGUUUUAGACAAAAUGUGGGAUGAUUGUUUUAGUGCAAAAGCAAAAGGCUACACUCUUUCUCAGUCAAAAGAAGAUACUAAAACCUUCAAAUCUUCAUUCAUGGGAAGCAUUUUAAGCUUUAAAUGGGUGGCUUCAAGCAUGGACGAAGAAGUUCAUUACCCUAGUGAUCUUUUCUAUGAUUGUGAAGCAAUACAGUCUAUCCUGGGAACACUUGCUCCAUAUGCCAUUCCAAAGUUGACUAGCGGGAAAUUUUUGGAGGAUAUUGGAUUUAAGAUUCAAGUCACUCUUGAUGAUGCAUUGAGAGUGAUGCAGAGCUGGAGAAAGUUUGAGAAUGCUCAUGUCAGCAUUUCUUCAAUGUCCAAAUUCUACACAUUCAUUCGGGAUGAAAUGGCUGAAUCAAGUGAGAAAACAGCAGAGGUCAGAUCGGGACUUUAUAUAUUUAUCCCAUUUAUUGGUGCAUCUAGAUGUAUGGAUGUUGUACCAGGUACUUUCAUGUCCCCAAACGAAGUCUUUUGGCAUGAUCCAACUGGUUGCAUGGAUCUGUUGAGGGAGACCAUACUUCAGCAUGUCACAACAAGUGAAAAUAGAAGUCUUCCCUGCACGAUACUGUCUAGUCUUUAUCCAGGCCUUCAUGAUUUUUUUGUGACUGAUUGUGGUGUGCUUGAGACUCCUCCUCCUAAUAGAUAUCUUCAGAUAUUGCUUCAGCUGUCAUAUGUCACUUCCCCUAAAGAGGCUUCUCAUGAAGUUUUUCAAGUUUUUUUGAAGUGGGCUGAUGAUCUCAGACCUGAAUCGAUGAAGUCUGAAGACUUGCUGGACCUGAAAGAAAGUCUUAUCAAACCAGAAAACACAGUGCUUCCAACCAUCCAGGAUAAAUGGGUUUCCCUCCACCCACAGUUUGGGCUUAUAUGUUGGGCUGAUGAUAAGGAAUUGAUGGAACAAUUUAUGCAUUUCAAUGAUGUUUCCUUUCUACAAUUUGGUGAACUCAAUGAAAUUGAAAAGAAGGCUCUUACUGGAAAGGUUGCUGGGUUUCUGAGAGAUAUAGGUAUUCCUGCUCUGUCAGAGGUUGUAACUCGGGAACCUAUAUAUUAUGGAAUGGUAGAUGCAACUGAAAAGGCUUCUUUGGUUAACUGGGUUCUUCCUUAUGCACAGCGUUAUAUUAGCAAGCUUCAUCAUGAUAUAUACAUUCACCUAAAGCAGUCUGGAUUUGAAAAACUUAGCCAGCUACAAAUUGUUGUAGUUGAGGAACUAUUCUAUAGAAAUACUCUGAAGGGGCAUGAUAGUGGCAGCAAAAGACGAUUGGAGUGCAGCUGUAUUCUGCAGGGAAAUAUCUUAUAUGCAUCACGUAGUGCAGAUUCAUACUCAUUAUUUUUGGAGCUUUCUCGAUUUCUUUUUCACGGGGCUGUGGAGCCUUACAUAGCAAAUUUCCUUCACACCAUCACAUUGAUGGCCGAGUUGGGCUCCCCUGAGGAACAGUUGGAAUCAUAUAUUGUCAACAGUCAAAAGGUACCUCAGCUUCCUGAUGGAGAGCCUAUCUGGUCACUUUUAGGCCCAUUAACACUAUAUGAGGAUGAAGUUUCCUCUCAAACUGCCGUUUUACCUGUCACUGUUAGGCAAAGCUGUUCAAAAUUCUCCAGGAAAAUAACAAAAAAUCUCAAUUGGCCACCAACAAAUUGGAAAAAUGCGUUUUAUGCUCCAGAUGGUCACCUAGGGGAAAUGCAUCAGCUACCCACAAAUCUGGGUACUGCUUGUUUUGGUUCAGAUGGUCAAGUCAAGGAACAACCUGGGCAUUCAACUAUUACGAGCUUACAGAAUGUUUCUGAAGAGCUUCCUGGAAGCAUCAUGCAUACAGAAGAUCAGUCUACUCUGAUGGAAAAUGAUGACAAUUCUUCUACGGAAGAUGACUCAAAAAUGACAGCCUUACUCUAUCAAGCAUCUGAAAAUGUGGAAGAUGGUGGGCAGCCAAUUGCACCUUGUUCUAUUGACAAAGGAAUCACUAUAAGUUUGGAACCUGUACAAAAGCUACCAGCUUCAAUUACUGUGCCUGAUCUGGAUAUGGAUCUGGUAAAUGCAUCAACAUUCAUUGUGAGGGACAGGCUUUGUAUGGAAACUCCAGAUGAGGACCAAUCUUACAAGACAGGCAGGCUAGGAGAGAUUGUAGCUUUCAAAUACUUCACAGAGAAACUUGGUGCAACAGCUGUAAAAUGGGUCAAUGAGGAAACAGAGACGGGUUUACCCUAUGAUUUGAUUAUCGAGGAAGAAGGUAACACAGAAUUUAUUGAGGUCAAGACAACGACAUCUACCAGCAAAGAUUGGUUCCCAAUAUCAACAAGGGAGUGGCAUUGUGCAGCUAAAAAGGGUGACUCAUUCAGCAUCGCGCGGGUCUUCUUGUCAGGCCCAACAAAUCCUGAGAUUGUGAUCUUGAAGAACCCAUGGAAGCUCUGCCAACAACGUGUGUUGCAGCUGGCUUUAUUGAUGCCAUGCAGCACCGAGAACUAAAUUACCAGAUUGCUCCAUGGUGGAUGGUGAAUUUUCCAGGGAAUUUUGAUCAUACCGUGCAUACAUAUAGAGGAAAGUGUACAGUUGCUGUUGAUCGGAAGGUUGAUUACAUACCGGCAUGUUCGUAGUGUGAGGAAUUUGGCAACACAUUUCAUACUGCAGAUAGCCAAAUUAAUGUCUGCUAUAUCUAUAGGAAUUCAGCCCCUGGUUUUGGUUAAUUGGGUAUGUAAAGUAAAUUGAUGUAAAGCAAAGGACAUGAUCCUGAUUUCACACAGAAAGGAUGGAGUCUGCUCUGCAUGUUGGCAAUGAACCUUGAGUUGCUUGAAGUGGUUUGCUGUAAAUUUGUGGUCGGUUGCUUGUGCUGCAUAUUGACAAAGUUCUCUGUCCGCCAUUCCAAUGAAAAACUCUUCAUGUUUGUUUCCUCUUUUCAUGUCACAAGCUUCUGCAUGACUGCAUUUGCUUUUUUGUUUGAUGGGAUGAUGUUGUUUUUCUGGGAGUGAGAGCUGACCUCCAGUUCUGCACGUAAAGGAUACAUGCUGUACUAUCAUCAUAAACCCUAAAACCUAUUGUGGACUUGUCUUUUAUUUAAGCUAGAGAAGGGAAUUUUGAGGUCC